AUGGGCUGCCCAGCCAAUGAUCUGAUACGUUUAUUCUCUGCUUGUCUCAGUGGUAAAGACAGACAAGAGCAUUGGGAGCAGCUCGUUGAGGAGUUUUAUGGUUAUUUGGAAGAAGAAGUCAACGAUAAGCCCAUGCCAUACACUUUGGAACAAUUGAAAGAAUCUUGCCGCAGAUUUAUGCCUCUUGGCAUUUUCAUGAUUGUAACAAUAAUAGCGCCAAUGCAUGAAGUAUUGUAUCACAACCCGGACGAACAGCAGAGGAAGAAGAGCAUGGAUCUUGUGACUGAAAAAACGGAGUGCCUUUUGGAUGAUCUGCUCAAGUUCCAUGAACGCAAUACGCUGCCCAAAAAUGGCAAUAGUGUGUAG